UUUGGUGGUGGUGGUGGUUGAUACGCUCCUGGGAGUCGGAAGCCCGUUGGCACCUGGGCCUCGUUUACAUCGGUUUACUCAUGCUGGGAGUUUUGAAGCGGCGCUGGAAGCCAUCGAAAAGGGCUUCCAGCGUCCGCGGACCCGAUUCGCCCCUGAGCUCAGAUCUGGCGCUUGAUAAGCCUCGCCCCAUACCAUCACCUAGACAAAUUCACCCCCUGUACGGCGAAAAGGCGGGGCUUCUGGGUUACUGCGAUCCGGUCGGUAACGCGGAGAAUUUUCCACCAGCCCCUAACAUCGUGGUCGAGGGUGGUAGAAUCGAGUUUGUGCGCCCCUCGCAAGAUGGCACCACGACACCCCGUAGGAACACCAUGUCCCGAGGAUCGCAGACCUUCAACGACGAGUCGGAGAAGUCUGAUCCUGCGAAGGAAAGUUUGGAAGAACGUGUACAGGAAUUGGAACAGGCAUUACAAGCGGAACGACUUGCUGCGCAACGGGAUCGAGCGACGAUCACGAAACUUCAACGACAGAUCAACAAGAGAGAGGCUACGCAACGAGAUGUGGAACGCGAACGACGACAACGAAUGGAGGCCGAAGCUCGGGUUCGCGAGGCUACGGCUGAAGCUGAAAGAGCACGCUCCAGGGUUCAUCACCUUCAGAGAGAACUGGCCAGGAUGGAGGAAUCGUCACGGGGGUUGCUGCAACACAAGCACAGGGCCGAACAGCUGAAGCAAGAGAAGACUGCGCUGACGCUUUCUUAUGAGGCACGCGUGCAUCAGUAUCAGGCACAGAUCUCGAAGCUGCAGCUGGAGAACGAGUCGAUGAGGGGUCAGCUGCGCGGCUUGGAGGCUGCGUGUGCUGGUGAAGUGCAUGCCGCGCUGGUGGCGCGUCUGGCGACCUUGGAGACGGAGCACGCCGCUUUGGCGCGUGACGCGGACGCGCAGCGUCGCCAAUACGAGCGGUGCCUGGACGACGUCGCCAACCAGGUGGUCCGCGCCCUUCUAUCCCAAAAGGGUCUCAGGGAAGAAAUCGGUGCACUACAGAGGCGUAUUCGGGAGCUCGAAGCUCAAAAUCGAGCGCUUUCCGGGCUGCUGGCUCAAGCAGCGAGCCCAGGAAGUCCGACAGAGUUGAUACAAGGAAUCUUAGAAGCUGGACCGGCAGCUGUGGUAGCUGCUCUUGGUUUGGACCCAGCUUGGGUCCCAUUGUCGAGGCCUCGUUCUCUUAAUUUACAAAUACCCGUCAUGGCAGCGACGAAGUGUCGAAGAAAUAGACCAUUAGCCCAGAAACCGUCGGAGGAGGAAGGCAGCGAGAGUCCGGAGAGCGGAAACAGGGACGAGGGUUACUCUACGAUGUCCAGCGACGUGCAGGGCGAGGGCGCCAGACAGGAACCCUCCCGGGGAUUGGAGGAUCUCAAGGAAGCGACCGACGAGACCGAGGCGGAUGUUUCGCCAGACGCCCGUUUGGUCACCCUCGAUGCUGGCGAUCCGGAUGUCCUCUUCCUACCGUUGAACCUCACCGUGGGAAUAAAUCCACGGCACAGCUACCCACCGACCAAAGACCUGUUACCGUAUCAGCACGUGAUGCGCAGUUUUUCCGACAGUCAUUUAUGCCUGAAACUGACCACAACGACCAAUUUUACACCGUACAAGUUGCCCAGCCCGAUGGGAUCGUCGUCCCUUCUUUUGGUCGAAGAGGAGGGCUGGGAUGCUGAAUACGUGCAACAGUGGCUCAGGCUGGACGACAGCAGGAGUGCUCAACAACAUCGAGAUCUCCUCGAGUUGGAAUACGACAGAGCAGAAUUGGAAGAUUGGAGUUUCUCGUUGUCCACCGAGGAUCUUGUUCAAAGUGAAUCCACGGUAUGGAAGGAACCCCCCACCACCACCCCCGCCCUCCCAGCAAUCAAGGAGCAUAAUCCCUUGGAAUUGGAAGAGGACGCGAACGAAUGCUUAUGGAAUGGCGCCAGUUACCUUGCUGAUAGAACAGGAGGCGAAUUGGUUGCUCUUCUGAUGGACGCCAGAGCGACCGGAUCGUGGCCCUACGCUACAAGCCCCGGUGCAUCGUGGAGCAGCGAGGAAGGAGCGCUCGAUAACUCUAGCAAACGAUCGUCAGCAGCGUUGUCCGGCUGCAGCGACGAUCCAGACUCUCCAUCCAUCGGUACCGACUUCACCAGAGACUUUUACAGGCUGGUAAAGUUCGAGAGCACGAAGAGUCUCGCCAGCACGUCGUCGAGAAGCGGAAGACCGCCACCGGACAGAGAACAAGCUCUCCAGAGCGUCUUGUCAUUCAUCGCUGAACAACAAAUGUAUUUAGCCGAACUACCGAGCAAUCUUUUGGAGCACAAUAACAUGCCACUUACUACGGAAGUUUCAGAGGAAGCUGGUGGCAAAGACGAGUGCGGAAUGGAGACGAUGUGCACCGAAAUUGAAACAUCCGUCGAUCAAGACCACUGUCACACGGACAACAUGAUCGAAACGAGCAGUAACGACGAUCUGCUGGAUCAGAUACCUGUCCCGUCUCUAGCACCAGAGGAAAGAAUAAUCAGUGCAGUGGCUUGCAACGGUGGUGUCUCAUACACCACGGUUGCGCCAUCGGAAUUGGGCGCUGUACCUGAAGAAGACGAAGAGGCGGCCACUUCGUCUACACCUAGCACGGUUGUCAGUCCAGCGAGAGCACCUUUACUAGUCGAAGGCCGAAAUCGAUCACUGAGCUUCCACGAACGCGCCACAUCGAAGGACGUGAUAGACGAACUGAAUCGAAUGAUCAGAAAGGGUGAGGAGAACGCCCUGACGCACGAAAGCCAAUUGCCGCUUGAGAAAUUGGACCUUGCCUGCUGCUGUCCAACUGGAUGGGUUCACGUUGAACGAGACAUUGACUUCACCGACCCGAAAGCAAGAGCCAAUCUAUUAGACGUGAUGCUAGCAAGCAGCGAAAGUUCUUCAGCGACCUCAAGCAGCGGAUCAGCCGGAAGUGAUUCGGGGGAUGAACCGCCGGAUUAUCGUCACUUGCACAGAUUACACCGAUACCGACGUCAAAAGAAAGAUGGUAGCUCCUACGCGGUGUGCUUUGAUUGUCACAAGAAAAGCUACGUAGUUCGGCUUAGUGACGAUCAGUUUCUGUAACCGACAUGCCAGUUUGGGAGGAAUCGUUCCGCCGGGACCUACAUUCCAACGUGAACUGUACGGCAACAACGGAUUUUCCAUUGGCUUACUAACCGAUUAUUAACCAGAAGAGAAUUUAGAACGAAUUCCGCUGUCGGUCGCCUUCACGCAAUUCCAACCUUGCCGCCUGUAGACCAUGAACAGCCUCUGAACACACGUGGUUAACACAUUACGAACGUAACCUAUAACUUGUAACAACAAUAUAUAAAUCAUGCAUUUAUUUUUUAUUAUGUUAACUAUCGACGCAAACAAUGGAGCGAUUAAAAUGAAUU